AGGAUCUGUGUUACUGAGAUGAUACUAAGAACUGCUAAGAAAAGAUUCAGGAAGCUUUUAUUAACGACUCCAUUGAACCGUGUGUCAGCCAAUGUGGCUUAUUUCCUCAACUGUUUACUAACUGAUACUGAAGAGAUUGUUUCUGAUGAAGUUGCUGCUACAAAAAAGAAGUCCAAGAAGAAGAAGGGAGGAGGAGGAAGUGGUGGUGGUGGUGCUAGUGGUCCAGUCACUAAAACUACAUCUGCUGGAAAAGGUAUUGUGCUAUAUCUUUUACAGCUU